GAGAAGAUGCAGAUGGAGCUGAGCCACAAGAGAGCUCGAGUGGAGCUGGAGCGGGCGGCCAGCACCAGUGCCAGGCGCUAUGAGCGCGAGGUGGAUCGCAACCAGGAGCUCCUGACGCGCAUUCGGCAGCUGCAGGAGCGGGAGGCUGAGGCGGAGGAGAAGAUGAAGGAGCAGCUGGAGCGCCAUAGGCUGUGUAAGCAGGGCCUGGACGCCGCCGGCCAGAAGCUGCGGGAGAAGGAGGACGGCCUGGCCGCGGCCGGCGAGACCAUCAGCGCGCUGAAGGCGAGGGUCUCCGAGUUGCAGUGGAGCGUGAUGAACCAGGAGAUGCAGGUGAAGAGCCUGGAGUCUGAGAGGCAGGAGCUCAAGGAGCAGCUGGCCUUGCAGCACAAGAAAUGUCAGGAGGCUAAUCAGAAGGUUCAGGAGCUCCAGGCCAGCCAGGAAGCGAGGGCCGACCAGGAGCAGAGGAUCAGGGAUCUGGAGCAGAAGCUGUCCCUGCAGGAACAGGAUGCUGCGGUCGUGAAGAAUAUGAAGUCUGAGCUGGUGCGGCUGCCCAAGAUGGAGAGGGAGCUGAAGCAGCUGCGGGAGGAGAGCGCCUACCUGCGGGAGAUGCGAGAGACCAAUGGGCUGCUCAGGGAGGAGGUGGAGGGGCUGCGGCGGCGGCUGGGACGGCAGGAGAAGAUGCAGGAGAGUCUGGUCGUCCUGGAGCUGGAGAAGGAGAGGCUGCUGGCAAAGCUGCAGAGCUGGGAGCGGCUGGAGGAGACCACGGGCUUGAGCAUCAGGACCCCGGAAGACCUUUCCAGGUUCAUUGUUGACCUGCAGCAGCGAGAGGUGGUCUUGCAGGACCGGAACAACACCAUCACCAGCAGCGCCCGCGGGCUGGAGAAGGCCCUGCAGCAGCUUCAGGAGGAGGUCCGCCAGGUCAGCAGCCAGCUGCUGGAGGAGAGGAAGAAGCGGGAGACGCAGGAGGCCCUGGCGCGGAGACUCCAGAAGCGGGUCCUGCUGCUGACGAAGGAGCGGGACGGAAUGCGCGCCAUCCUGGGUUCCUACGACAGCGAGCUGACCGCGGCCGAGUACUCGCCCCAGCUGACGCGUCGCAUGCGUGAGGCCGAGGACAUGGUCCAGAAAGUGCACGCGCACAGCUCAGAGAUGGAGGCUCAGCUGUCACAGGCCCUGGAGGAGCUGGGAGGCCAGAAGCAGAGAGCGGACAUGCUGGAGAUGGAGGUGAAGAUGCUACAGUCUCAGUCCAGCACCGCCGAGCAGAGCUUCCCACUGUCCAGGGAGGAGGCAAGCUCGCUCAGGUUGAAGAUUGAGGAGCUGGAAGGGGAGCGCAGUCGUCUGGAAGAGGACAAGAAGAUGCUGGAAAUGCAGCUCGAGCGGUUCACCCUGCAGGGCAGCUACGACCAGAGCAGAACCAAAGUGCUGCACAUGAGCAUGAACCCAGCCAGCGCGGCCAAGCAGCGGCUCCGUGAGGACCAGGUCCGGCUGCAGGAGGAGUGCGAGCAGCUACGGGAGCUCGUGCGCGCCCUGGAGCGAGGCGGCCCCGUCCCUGCCGGCCUGGAGGCCGCCGCCAGUCUGCCUUCGUCCACGGAGCUGACAGAGCUGAGGAAGCAGGUGGAGAGCGCUGAGCUGAAGAACCAGCGGCUCAAGGAGGUCUUUCAGACCAAGAUCCAGGAGUUCCGGAAAGUCUGCUAUGCGCUCACGGGCUACCAGAUCGACAUCACCACGGAGAACCAGUACCGGCUGACGUCCAUGUACGCGGAGCACAAAGCCGACUGCCUCAUCUUCAAGGCCACGGGACCCUCGGGCGCCAAGAUGCAGCUGCUGGAGACGGCAUUCUCACACUCAGUGCGGGAGCUCAUCGAGCUGCACCUGCUGCGCCAGGACAGCAUCCCGGCCUUCCUCAGCGCCCUCACCCUCGACCUCUUCAGCCGCCAGACCGUGGCCUAGCCUGCAGCCGUGCGCCCCGGCGGCGGCCGCACCUCAGCUCCACGGUGCACGUGGGCAGCCGCCCCCAUGCACCCAGCCCGGCCCGGGCCGCAUGCUGCCCCCUCUGCCCAGGACCCCUGCCAGCUGCCCGGGGGCCCAGCUGCCUGGGGGCCCAGCUGCCCGGGGGCCGCCCGCUCUGCAGGGCAGGGGCGCCGCCCUCCUCCUUCCCCAGGAUGUGCAGUGCUGCUGCUCUGACCCGAGGCCUGGGGGCCGAGCCGUCCCAGCCCGCUUCCAGUCCCCGCCCCGGCAUGGGCCCCCACCCACGCACCGCUCAAAACCAGCCAUGUCGGGGGGCUGCCAGCCAACGUCCCUGCUCCCCCUGAAAUAAAUUUUGCUCCUUGGCCACC